AUGAGAGACACCUACCCCCGCAAAAAGAUCAUAGUCGCCAUCACCGGCGCAACUGGCGCGCAGAUCGGCAUCCACAUCCUCCAGACCCUCCGUCGCCUCAACGUGGAAACCCAUCUCAUCAUCAGCAAGUGGGCCGCCGAGACAAUAAAGUACGAGACAGACUACACCCCUUCCGCGGUGAAAGCCCUCGCGGACCACGCCUACAGCGCCCACGAUCUCGCCGCACCGAUAGCGAGCGGGUCCUACCGGGUAGACGGCAUGAUUGUCGCCCCAUGCUCCGUCAAGACGCUGGCCGCGAUCAAUGCAGGCAUCUGCGACGACCUGAUUACACGGGCGGCCGACGUGUGUCUCAAGGAGCGGAAGCGGCUGGUGCUUUCGGUGCGAGAGACGCCGUUUAGUCAUGUCUCCCAUAUCCAAGUAUUUACCAAAGGCCAGAGGGCCGUCCUGGGUAUCAGGAAGAGCGGGCUCGGGAGCAUGCUCCGAUUCCGACCCUUCAACGUCGUCGACACCUUGGAUCCGAUACUUACGGAGCACGCAGGCCAAAUUCCGAACUAG